AUGUACGUUAUCGGUUCCAGUGGUUACGCGAACGCCGCUCACAAAGACAAGGUGUCUCACGGUAUAACAUUGGGGAACGUGGGUUUUCAUUUAUCGGAUGUGCAAGUGACCAGAGAAUUGUACUUACACGGGCGUGUGUACAGAAACAAACAAACUGUUCGAUGGGAUGACGAAUAUGGUGAUCCCACGAGUUCAUCAAGCAAAGUUAUCGUUGAGCACUUGAAAGAAAUGAUGGACGAAGCGUUUCCAGCUUUACCGGAAGGAUCCUUCGCAUAUAGCUACGUGAUCGUGCGGAUUGAAUUGCUCAAUGCGUCUUCGUCUGUGCACGCACGCUUGACCAUCACUAUUAAGGGAGACGAUUUCCCAUGGCGGAACUACGACGAUUUGUUUGAAAAGAUGAAUCGGAAAAUUAUGAAGACUGGUUUGACACGUUCGUCCGACAAAUUCACCUUACUACGAUUAGGUGAUUAG